GCGGUAGCUUCUUCAGCGUCGAGACUGGAGGCUGAGCGCUAAAGUUUACGGGGAGCUUAUGGGAUUCGGCUUUAGUCGGCUUUGUGUUAUUCUUGGAAAAUUUCGCACCACUUGUGAAUUCCUUGAACCUGGGCAUUGCAAACCCACUUCUGUUGGGCCCAUCUCCUUUGCACUUUGCUCAGAUUAAGACUCAGUUGGCGCUUCAGCAGCUGAAUGCCGUUGGCUCACAUGGUUCAACACCACCUUAUACUUUAUUAAAUCAGGCUUUCUUGAAAAUAGCCAUGUCGAGACCCAGGUUUAAUCCUCGAGGAAACUUUCCACUUCAGAGGCCACGAGCACCAAACCCUUCUGGAAUGAGGCCUCCAGGACCAUUUAUGAGACCUGGAUCUAUGGGUCUUCCAAGAUUUUACUCAGCAGGAAGAGCCCGUGGAAUUCCACACAGAUUUACUGGCCAUGAAUCUUACCAGAAUGUGGGACCACAGAGAAUGAAUGUUCAGGUAACUCAACAUCGAACUGAUCCAAGAUUGACCAAAGAAAAAAUGGAUUUUCAUGAAGCACAACAAAAGAAGGGGAAGCCUCAUGGUAGCCGGUGGGAUGAUGAGUCUCAUAUGUCUGCAUCAGUAGGAGUGAAACAGAGUUCUAUAGGACAGGUUACAGAGCAGAGUCCUAAAGUGCAAAGUCGCUAUACAAAAGAGAGUGCCUCAAGUAUUUUAGCAAGUUUUGGAUUAUCUAAUGAAGAUUUGGAAGAACUCAGUCGCUAUCCUGAUGAACAGCUAACACCUGAAAAUAUGCCAUUAAUUUUGAGGGAUAUAAGAAUGCGAAAAAUGGGGCGUCGUUUACCUAAUUUACCUUCUCAGAGCAGAAAUAAAGAAACACUUGGUAGUGAAGCAGUUUCAAGAAAUGUGAUUGAUUAUGGGCACGCAAGCAAAUAUGGCUACACAGAAGAUCCACUUGAAGUACGUAUUUAUGAUCCUGAAAUUCCAACUGAUGAGGUCAAGAAUGAAUUCCGGUCACAGCAAAGCACAUCUGUUCCUGCUUCAAAUGUGAUACGUAAUUCUAUGUUUCCUGUUGAAGAUGUGUUCAGACAGAUGGACUUCCCCAAUGAGUCCUCCAAUAAUCAGUCUUAUUUCCCAGUUGAGAGUGGAACCAAGAUGUCAGGCUUACACAUUUCAGGAGGACAGUCAGUCCUUGAACCUGUAAAAUCCACCAACCAGCCCAUUAGCCAAACAGUUAGCCAGACAAGUCAGUCUCUGAUUACUCCAUCUAUGAAUCAGCAACCUUUUUCUUCUGAAUUAAUUUCAACUGUGAGCCAGCAAGAGCAGAUCCCUCAUGAACCUGUGAUUAACUCACCUAAUGUACACGUUGGAUCAGAAGGAAGUAAAAAGAAUUAUCAGUCAGAGACUGACGAACCCAUUCAGUCUCCCUUUGGGAUUGUGAAAGCAUCAUGGCUACCAAAGUUUUCACAUGCUGAUGCUCAGAAGAUGAAGAGACUUCCAACUCCUUCUAUGAUGAAUGACUAUUAUGCAGCGUCUCCAAGAAUAUUUCCACAUUUGUGUUCUCUGUGUAACGUAGAAUGUAGUCAUUUGAAGGAUUGGAUUCAGCAUCAAAAUACAUCAACUCAUAUUGAGAGCUGCCGGCAGUUACGUCAACAGUAUCCCGAUUGGAAUCCUGAGAUCCUCCCAUCAAGAAGAAAUGAGGGCAGUAGGAAAGAGAAUCAAACUCCAAGAAGACGUUCUCAUUCCCCCAGUCCUAGACGUUCUAGGAGAUCAAGUUCAAGUCACAGGUUCCAUCGAUCUCGAAGCCCGAUACGUUACAUAUAUAGACCAAGAAGUCGAAGUCCAAGAAUUUGCCAUCGUUUCGUUUCUAGAUACAGAUCCAGAUCCCCUAAUCCACCAUAUCGAAUUAGAACUCCAUUUAGCCCAGAGUGCUAUAGAUCAGUUCGCCCUGAAAGGACAUCAAGGAGAUCAGUGAGAUCAUCAGAUAGAGAAAAACCAUUAGAUGAUGCAGUACGAUCUGGACAUGGAUCAGAAAUGAGUAAAAAGAAGCAUCUUGAAGCAGUUGAUAAAGGACACUCACCAACGCAAAAGCCUAAAACUAGCAGUGGAUCAAAACCAUCAGUUAAAUCUUCAGGCUCUACAAAGAGUGAUUCUAGUACUCGUUAUAAAUCAAAAAAUCCUGAAGAUGGUAGCUUACCAGAAUGUAAACAUGUGACUGAUAAAGCUGUUUCUCUCCAGCGUAAGGUGCGGAAAGACCAGUCUUUAGUUGUUGUUGUAUCUGAGUUACCAGAGGAUGGCUGUACUGAAGAAGAUAUUAGAAAAGUAUUUCAACCAUUAGGAAAAGUUAAUGACGUACUGAUUGUUCCAUAUAGAAGGGAGGCUUACUUGGAAAUGGAAUUUAAAGAUUCAGUUACUGCAAUUUUCAAGCACAUAGAAAAAACACCUCUUGUGAUAAAAGGAAAACGUGUGAAAAUAAGUGUUCCAGCAAAGAAGAAAUCACAGAAUAAAGAGUUGAAGAAAAAGACUUCUGAUUCAAAGAAAACAUCUGCAUCUACUGUAAAAAAAGAUACAGAUGCUUCAAAAGCUGUUGAAACUAUGAGUUCUACUUCCACUGCCAAAAGUGGACCAGCCAAGACAUCAACCAAGAUGAAUAAAUCUUCAGGAAAAUCUGCAGGUUCUGUAAAAUCUGUGAUAACAGUAGCUGCUAAAGGUAGUAAAGCUUCAAUCAAAACAGCAAAAUCUAGUGGAAAGAAGUCUCUAGAAGUCAAAAAGGUUGGCAGUGUCAAAAACAAAGACUCCAGUAAACCUGUGACUCUACCAGAAAAUUCUGAAAUAAAGCCCAGUGUGGAAGCCAAAGGCACUGAAAACAAUGUUAAAGAAACUGUUUCAGAAGGUGCUUUGGAGGCCACAGAAAACCAAGAACCAGUUUGCAAGGAAAUUGAGGAAAUGUGUGUGGUCCUUGUGUCUAAUUUGCCUGUAAAAGGAUAUUCUGUGGAAGACAUUUACAACCUAGCCAAACCAUUUGGUGGUUUGAAUGAUAUUUUGGUUUUAUCAUCUCAUAAAAAGGCAUAUAUAGAAAUAAGUAGAAAAUCUGGAGAUUCGAUGGUAAAAUUUUAUACUUGCUUCCCAAUAUCACUGGAUGGAAAUCAACUCUCAAUAAGUAUGGCUCCUGACAACAUGAAUAUAAAAGAUGAGGAAGCUAUAUUUGUAAGCUUGAUUAAAGAAAAUGACCCAGAGGCAAAUACAGGAAAAAGUUAUGAUCGGUUUGUUCAUCUUGAUAACUUACCAGAAGAUGGACUUCAGUGUGUGCUUUGUAUUGGACUUCAGUUUGGAAAAGUGGAACACCACAUAUUCAUGAAUAAUAAAAACAAGGCAAUUCUUCAGUUAGAUAGUCCUGAAUCUGCUCAGUCAAUGUACAGUUUCCUGAAACAAAAUCCACAGACCAUAGGUGACCAUGUACUGACCUGCACAUUAUCUCCAAAGAUGGACUCAUCAGAGGCUCAAGUUGAGAAAGACUCUGAACAAGGAGAACAAAGCCCUGACUUGAAAAACAGUCCAGUUGAUGAGAGUGAGGUGCAAACAGCAGCUGGUAGUCCCUCUGUUAAACCUAGUGAGGUUGAAGAAGAACCUACUCCCAGCAUUCAAGCAGAACCUUCUGUACAACUGGAAGAGCCUGGUGAAGAACAACUUGAAAAAACUCUGUGUGACUCUGACUUUGCUAUUGCAACAUUGGAAGUUGAGACUCAAGGAGAGGAAAAAGUGGACAAUCCUCUAGUAGUAUCUGCUCCAGGCAGUAUUGAAUUAUUUCCUGAAAAUGUAGAGGAAUCUGCUUUAAAUCAGCAGGUGAUUACCACUGACUUUGAGAAGGAAGAGGCAGAAAUUGUUAACCCUGAAACAGAAUUGUCAACUUCUGACAGUACAUUUGUAGAAGAAAGGAACAUCAAAGGAAUUCUAGAAGAAGCUCCAUCUGAAGCAGAUUUCUUUUCUGGAAUUACAGAGUCUAUGGAAGAAGAUGUAGUUGAAGUGGACAAACAUGAAACUGUUUCAGAAAUGGUGCCAUCUGCUUAUGUUAUGGCCUUAGUACCAGGAGUUUCCAUUGGGGAUGAGAAUGCAAUGCGCAAAAAGGGAAUUUCUGAAAAAAAUAACAUUGUUGAAAAGAAGAAUGAAUUCAAUACUAAGGAAACUACAGUGGAUCUGCAAGUAGGAACAGAGAAGACUGAAAAGAGUGAAGCUGGGAUGGUUGCAGAGAAGUUGGAAAAGAUUGUGGCAGUAAUGAAAGAAAAGCCUGCAGAAAACAUUGUGACCAAGGCAUAUCCACAUAAAGUGGGUCAGGCCAAUAAGCCUGAUGAAGUUAAUAAAACUAGUAUGCUGACUACAUUAAAUGUAUCUAGCAGUAAAUCACCUAUCAAGGCUGCUAUUGUCUCUUCUCCAAAAGUAAAAGCUACAUCUUCAAAAACUGAAAAUCAGAAAAGUUUUCUAAAAUCUGUACUCAGAGAUCAAAUAAAUGCUGAAAAGAAACUUUCAGCCAAGGAAUCGAGUCUACUUAAACCUACAAGUGCUGGGUCAGGCUUGGCAGAAAGCAGCAGUAAAUCCAAACUGACUCAGAGCGGUGUUGCCAGAGGUGGAAGUGGAAGGAUCUGGAUCUCAGCCCCACAAAGCAAGGAUUCUAAACUGGAUUACAGGGAUAUAACAAAACAGUCUCAGGAAACAGAGGCUAGAUCUUCCAUCAUGAAACGGGAUGACAGCAACAAUAAGACUUUGGUUGGGCAAAACACUAAGAAUUCUAGAAGCACCACUGGUAGAAGUUCCAAAUCUAAAGAGGAACCAUUAUUUCCAUUUAAUUUGGAUGAAUUUGUUACUGUGGAUGAGGUUAUAGAGGAAGUGAACCCUACUCAAGCCAAGCAGCAUCCACCAAAGGGAAAAAGGAAAGAAGCUCUCAAGAAUACACCUUCCUCUGAACUUAACUUAAAGAAGAAAAAGGGAGAAAGUUCUGCCCCUCACGUUGUUGAGGGAGAAUUGUCUUUUGUAACUUUGGAUGAGAUUGGGGAAGAGGAAGAUGCAGCUGCUCAUCUAGAAGAUGCAGCUGCUCAUCUAGAAGAUGCAGCUGCUCAUCUAGCACAAGCUCUAGUCACAGUGGAUGAAGUCAUUGAUGAAGAAGAACUAAAUAUGGAAGAAAUGGUGAAAAAUUCAAAUUCACUUCUUACCUUAGAUGAGUUAAUUGAUCAAGAUGAUUGCAUUUCCCAUAGUGAACCUAAAGAUGUUACUGUCCUAUCAGUGGCUGAAGAACAAGAUCUUCUCAAACAGGAACGCUUGGUAACAGUGGAUGAAAUUGGAGAAGUAGAAGAGCUACCUUUAAAUGAGUCAACAGACAUAACUUUUGCCACUUUAAAUACUAAAGGAGAUGAAGAAAAUACUGUAAGGGAUUCCAUCGGGUUCAUUUCUUCUCAGAUGCCUGAAGACCCUUCUACUUUAGUUACUGUAGAUGAAAUACAAGAUGAAAACAGUGAUCUGCAUUUAGUGACUUUGGAUGAAGUAACUGAAGAAGAUGAAGACUCCCUGGCAGAUUUUAACAACCUUAAAGAAGAACUUAAUUUUGUUACUGUUGAUGAAGUUGGAGAGGAAGAAGAUAGAGAAAAUGAUUUAAAAGUUGAGUUAGGACAGAGCAAAAAUGAUCAAGCCACAGGAAAAAAGGGUGAUAGAAAAAAGAGAGUGGUGGACAUAAAGAAGACAAAACUUGCCUUGUCCCAAGUGGAUCAAGUAAAUGAAAAUGUUAAGGAAGAAGAUCUGAAAGCCAUGAUUGAAAGACAUUUAGAUGCUAAAAUGCCAACCAAGAGAGUUAGAAUUGGGAAAACCCCACCAUUGGAAAAAGCUGUUACAGCAGAACCAGCAGAAGAUGAGGAGGCCUUCAGAAUUAGUGAAGUUGAUGAAGAAUCUGAAUUAAAUGAUUCGGAACCAGAGCAAAAACGCAAGAAGACUGAGGACUCUUCUUUAAGCAAAUCUGAGGAAACUGAUGCGGAUUUAGACUUUCUUGUACCCAAGGCUGGAUUCUUCUGUCCAAUUUGUUCCCUCUUCUAUUCAGGUGAAAAAGCAAUGAUAAAUCACUGCAAGAGUACACGUCAUAAGCAAAAUACAGAGAAGUUCAUGGCCAAGCAAAGAAAAGAAAAGGAGCAGAAUGAGGCUGAAGAAAGAAGCUCUAGGUGA